AUGGGUGAACUGGGCCCUGCAUCAGCUCAACAUGGAAGUGACAGUAUUUCCUUCUCUGGCUCUUACACGCAGCCGCUCGGAGCUCCUCAACCUCCAAACGAACCUCAUGCUAUAAGCGUCUCCUUGCCCACCUGGGAGGCUGUGACUGCCGUAAUGGCGGGCGCAGACUGGGCUAUAUGCCAGCUACAAACCAGCUAUCCUAGAUUUGAUAUUCAUAAAUGUGUAAGAGAAUUGCACGAUGCCGUUCUGGCGAGAUUCAAGCACCCGGCGCACACGGUGUGCCGAGCGUUUCCAUCUCCUGAAGCUGCUGAGCGUUUUGUCUCAAGACUACAGAGAGAAGAUCCCAUAUUAUCUGUGCACACGGCGCGGUUCCAUCUGCCUCAUGAUGCGGUUCCAGAGCUGGCAAAAUGGGCAGCGUUCUCAGUCGUAUUGUUUAAUGAGAGUCUCGAAGAGGUGGCGUUCGAGUUCUGGGAAUGGUUUGGGGAUGGAAUCUCCAGUAGACAUGCGGAGUUUUGUCUAACUCAAUUCUCCUUCCUGAAUACUGGUUCGGAUCAGCCUGAAUAUCAGACUGUGGGCCAAGAUUCCCAUGAUCUGAGUGCGAUGAACCUUCCAGAGUGGAUUGACUCCUCUACCAAAGACAAAAUGGAUAUCAAGUCUCGGCUUGCCAGCUCAGCAACAUCAGCAGAUCCAGCCUUGAAGCCCAUGGGGAAUGAUGAUGUACUCCUCUAUGCCACUGGAAUGGCUGCAAUCAGCGCCAUUGCCCGCGCGCUCGCUCGGACAUCAGACGACUCUGGCGCUGUGGUGUACGGAUGGCCGUACUCCGGCACCCCUCAUUGCGUGCAAGGCUGUGGAUUCAAGCGCUACACCAUGUACGGUCACGGCUCGAAGGCGGAUCUCGAUUCGCUCGAGACCUUGCUGGUUUCAGAAACUCGAUUCACGGUGCUGUUCUGCGAGAUCACGUCCAAUCCUCAGCUGUCCACGCCGGAUCUGCAUCGCAUCCGAGAUCUCGCCGACCGGUUUGGCUUCAUCGUCGUGUGUGACGAUACACUCGGCACAUCCGUCAACGUGGAUAUCCUGCCAUAUGUCGAUGUCAUCAUCACCAGCUUGACCAAGAUCUUCAGCGGUGCAGGCAAUGUCAUGGGAGGAAGCCUCAUGAUUAACCCCAACUCUGGCCACUACAGUACUCUCCGCGCCCUUCUGACAACAACCUACGAGGACCUUUACUUCCCCCUCGACGCAAAGACAAUUGCGCGCAACUCCUCCGACUUCGCAGCCCGCGUCCACAAAUGCAACAAGAGCGCUCUGCAGAUCGCAAAUUUGCUCAACUCGCAUGCAUCCGUCGAAUCCGUCAACUAUCCCACCAUGGUCCCGACUGCACCUCUAUACGAGCGCUACCGCCGCCCCGACGGCGGAUAUGGAUUCCUCCUCAGCGUCAUCUUCCGCGAGCCCGAGAGCGCCGUGCUCUUCUACGACAAGCUGGAUGUGUGGAAGGGGCCCACUGUCGGCACCAAUUUCUCGAUUUCCAUCCCGUAUUCGGCGCUGGCGCAUGCGAAGGAGCAGGACUGGGCGGCGUCGCAUGGGGUCCCGAAGCAUAUUGUGCGUCUGAGCGUUGGGUUGGAGGAUUAUGGCGAUUUGUCUGAGCGGGUGAACCGGGCAUUGCGGGAGGUGGAACUGAGAGAGAAGAUGGGAUAG